AUGCCGCGUCGAUCUCACGACAGUGGCGACCUCUGUGCCGUAUUCAUCCACGCCGGAGCAGGGUACCAUAGCCAUCAAAAUGAACGAAUGCACCUGACGGCCGUCAACGAUGCGGCUAAAGUCGCCAUGGCUGUCUUAAAAAAUGGAGGGGAUGCCACGGAUGCUGUGGAGAUGGCGAUUCGACUUCUGGAGGACAAGGAAAUCACGAAUGCGGGUUAUGGUAGCAACUUGACCAUAGAAGGCCAGGUCGAAUGUGAUGCUACCAUGAUCGAUCACCUAGGUCGCAGUGGCGCGGUGGGCGCUAUCUCUCAGGUCAAAAACCCCAUUGCCGUGGCUCGACUAGUUCUGGACGAGUCGACCAAGCCAUUGUCUCUACAACGAGUUCCACCUAACCUUCUGGUGGGACCAGGUGCCACCGACUACGCCCAUAACAAGGGUAUACCUAUCCUCCCCCCAGACUUUCUCGUCUCGGCGAACGCUCGUGAACGGUGGUACAGAUGGAAAAUGGAUCUUGAAGAAGCAAAGGUGAAAGAACAGGAGAGUUUCGGACAGAACUCGACACAAGGCCAGACUACCGCUUUUACUCAAGCCGUCCCUUCUCCUUCAGCCUCGGGCUUUUCCAGUCCGGCACCUUCACCUUCGGUGCUUGAGCAGCGUCCGACCUUGUCAAAACUGCCUCCCAUGGUGCGGCCUUUGGUUGCAUCAGCUGCGGAUGUACCGACCUUGGCAAGGGUCGGAGAUGACAGAAACUCAAGACAUCCGUCCUCCCUCAAUGUAUCGCCUAGCUUUGCGACAGAGCAAAGCAGCUUCGUCGAGCAUGGAUCAGCCGAUGAUUCGGACCUUACAGCUGACGACCAUAUGCCAUGGAUAGCCUCUGCUCCCAAGCGACAGAAGCUAAACGGUUCCUUCGACGGCCCAAUGGGUGACGAGGAAGAUAUCCCCCUGGAGUUGCUUGCCGUUGGACCCCAAGAAACCCCGAACAUGGAACACUAUGAACGGGAAGAUAAUAUUACGGACACUGUAGGAGCGAUCGCAGUGGACUGUUUUGGCCACAUCGCGGCCGGCUCGUCUUCCGGCGGUAUUGGUAUGAAACACAAGGGACGCUGUGGUCCAGCAGCUCUGGUCGGCAUUGGCACAGCCGUGAUUCCUGCCGAUCCACAAGAUGCGACACAAACUUGCGUUGCCACUGUUACCAGCGGCACUGGAGAACAUAUGGUCACGACGACUGCAGCGGCCACGGCGGCAGAGCGGAUCUACAGUUCAGUGCGCAAGGAGAACGGGAAGCUGGCAUCGUGUAACGAAGACGAAGCCAUGUAUUCUGUUAUUCAGAACGACUUCAUGACCCAUCCAGGAGUCAUCAACACCCACUGCGCCGGAGCCAUUGGAAUUCUGGCAGUCAAGAAGUCCCGCGACGGUAUCUACUUUUACUUCGGGCAUAACACGGAUUCCUUUGCCUUGGCAUCUAUGCACUCGGAAGAACGCAAACCGGUCUGUACCAUGUCACGCAGCAAAGGACACGGCUCAAUUGCUCAGGGAGGACGUGUGACCCGAGUCAAAAGCGGCCGACUUCGCGGAUGA